AUAAGAAGUAGUAGUUGCAUUUCCAUGAAGCUUCAACCGUGAAUUUGGCACACUACGAAAAUAGUAGUAGCUAGUAUAUCUUCAAGUUAAAAAGGACGAAAAGUGGCCAGCGAAUGCAUUUAUGCCUUUAAAACCCGCAUCAAAGCCCAUUAUUAAAGUUUAGAACUCGCCUCCGGCAUUUGGGCCCCUUUCUUCCUCGCCGAAACCACUGUCUCCUCCCCCAAACCCCUUCUCUGGAGCACAAAAAUCAUAACAAUACUUCACUUUAACUUCAUUAAUCAUUAUUCGUACUAUAGUCAUGUGACAACAUCAAUUUCAACCUUUAUAUAUUGGUGUAUUGAGUUGGGCUGAGAAGAAGCGAUGCUAUGCUUUCAUCGCUUCUGAGGAAGCCUUAAAUUGAUAUGUAUAAAACUCUUGGUAAGCAUCGACUCAUAUACCGUGCUCGCAUUUCAAAUUACGUCAAAACCGGCUUAGUUAACGAAGCACUCCAAGUGUUCGACAAAAUGACUCAAUCAGAUUGUAGAGUUUUCAGCAUUGAUUACAACAGAAUUAUUGGUGUGUUGAUUCGUAACUCGCAUUUCGAUUUAGCUGAACGUUAUUACAAUGAAAUGAAACCAGUUGGGUUUUCUUUAAAUUCAUUGACAUAUUCAAGAUUCAUUUGUGGUUUGUGUAAAGUUAAGAACUUUGAGCUUAUUCAUAGGUUGUUAAAUGAUAUGGAUAGAAUUGGAGUAGUACCUGAUUUUUGGGCGUACAAUAUGUAUUUAAAUCUCUUGUGUAGUGAAAAUUUGGUGGAUGUUGCAUUGGAGUUGCUUAGAGUAAUGGGAGAGAAAGGACGAGAACCCGAUGUUGUGAGUUAUACGAUUGUUAUUAGUGGGUUGUGUAGGAUUGGACGUUUCAAUAAUGCUGUUGAAAUGUGGCAUACGAUGAUUAGGAAAGGUUUAAUUCCGGAUAAUAAGGCGUGUAGAGUUCUUGUUUUCGGGCUUUGUGGGAGUGGUAAGGUUGAUUUGGCGUAUGAGUUGACGUUGGGUAUUUUAAGGGGUCAAGUUAAGUUCAAUACGGAAAUAUAUAAUGCGUUGAUAAAUGGGUUUUGUCGAGCUGGUAGGAUUGAUAAAGCGCAAGCGAUCAAGACGUUUAUGAGGAGAAACGGGUGUGAACCGGAUUUGGUUACUUAUAAUGUGUUCUUGAAUUAUUGUUGCAACGAGCUUAUGUUGGAAGAAGCAGAAAAGUUGAUAGAGAAGAUGGAAAGAAAUGGGUUGGAACCUGAUGGUUAUAGCUAUAACCAGCUUCUUAGAGGUUUAUGCAAAGCGAAUAGAUUAGAUAAGGCUUAUAAGCUAAUGAUCGACAAGAUGGUGAUGAAAGGUUUGGUAGAUGUUGUAUCUUACAAUACUAUUAUUAGAACACUCUGCAAGAAAGACCACAGUAAGAAGGCUUACAAUCUCUUCGAGGAGAUGGAGCAAAAAGGAAUUGUUCCUGAUGUUGUAACUUUUACAAAUCUUAUAGAAGCUUCUUUAAAAGAAGGCAAUUCUAGUGUAGCCAAGGCACUUUUUGAUCAGAUGAUAAGCAAGGGCCUUUUUCCUGAUCGUGUACUGUACACUUCUAUUAUAGAUCACCUGUGCAAGACAGGUAAAAUAGGGAUGGCUCAGAGCAUUUUCCAUGAUAUGGUGGAACAGGGUGUUGCUCCUGAUGUUAUCUCGUAUAAUGCACUAAUCAAUGGAUUUUGCAAGGCUUCUAGAGUAACUGAAGCGCUGAGUCUUUAUGAAGAUAUGCAAGCUAGAGGUUUGAAUCCUGAUGAAAUGACCUUCAAAUUGAUUAUUGGAGGUCUUAUACAGGAGAAGAACCUCUCAGUUGCUUGUGCAAUUUGGGAUCAGAUGAUGGAAAAGGGUUUUACGCUUGACAGAGAUUUAUCUCAGACUCUUAUUAAUGCAAUCAACUCAUAGGUUGAACAGUAUCAGGAAUGGUUCCUAUCUCUGAACACCCAUUUGGUUUUAUCUUUUUGCAUGUUUCUGAUGGAACACCUAUGUGGUAACAUCUUUUAUAUGUUUCUGAUAUUUAUUUGCAUACUGGGCAAUUGCUUAUUUGUCAGAUAAAGACUGUUCUAUAUAUUUCUGCAUCAUCUAAAAUUUUAAAUUGAAUAGUUGAAUAUUACUUAUGAUUGCCUUUUAAAAUAUUUUUUAUAUAAAGAUGGUUUAAUUGGAAGUUGGAUUUUCAGCUUGACUUGCUUUGAAUCCUUCUCAUGGGCAAAUUUCUAUGGGUUCUGCAGCUCUCGGAACUCAUUGUUGUAGAUCUGUUCUGCUCAAGAAAAUGCCAAAGCCAACAAGGUACCUUUUCUGAGCCGAGGGUCUACCGGAAACAGCCUCCCUAACCCACAGCGGUAGGGGUCACAAUGGUAAACACUCUGGCCAAGCUUCUUGGAGAAAAGUGAAGUAUAUGCAAUGGAUGAUUUUCACCAUGCUAACAGAAGAGGCUAUUCAAAAACUUGUGGAGAAAUUUAGUCAAGGAAUUCCUAACUGGCCAUGGAAGAUGAUGUGGAAAACCAAAGCACCUACAAAAGCAGCUUUUUUUGGUUGGUUAGCAGCUACUAGGGAUGCUUGCCAAAAACAGUACAAGUUACAAAGGAGAGGUUUUUCCUUGUGUAGUAGAUGCUAUUUCUGCAAUUCGGAGGAGGAAACAGUUGAACAUCUUUUCUUGCAUUGCAGAUUUUUAUGGCAAUGUUGGGAACUUUUCUUUAGCAUAAUGGGCAUAUCUUUGGUGUUACCAGAGAAAAUUACUAGCCUGUUGGAAGUGUGGCAAUCUCAGGAGGUUAAAAAGAGCUUAAAACCAAUAUGAAGAACUAAGGCUGGAAAGAAACAAGGCAUGCUUUGAUGGGAAGAAGUUACAGAUUUCUAGAGUGCAAAACAAAUGCAUUAAAAAUCUGUACUUUUGGGGUAAUAGCAGUACUAUAGAUAGGAUGGAGAAGUAUUUGGACUUUUUACACUUGCUGGGGGAUAAUAUGUAAUAUCGAUUAAAGAGUUUGCUGCUAGGUCCUGUACUUUUUUUUCCUGUACCAACUUAGUACUUUCUUAAUAAAAUCUUUACUUAUCCAAAAAAAAAAAAAAAAAAAAAAAAGGAAGUGUAGUCAAUGCAGAAAUGCAAGAGAAAUAAGAUAGCAAAUAUCAUGAUACCAAACAAAUGGAGCAACACAUAGAGUUAGAAGAGUUCCCUCCAGGGAUAAAAUUUAGCUUCCACCGUACAGCUUCAGUCAUCAAGUCCAUUUACCAAAAAAUUGUGUUGAACAAUGCAAAUUCCAUUACCAUAGAAAAAUAAUCCACCAUAAAUGGCCUUGUUUAAACAUUACUGGGAACUGAUAUUUGCACUCCAUUUUAUACUCUGGGGAACUGAUUUUCGCACUGCAUUUUUCUAUACUCUUCACAUAAAACCCAAGCACUUAACUACAUAUUCAGGAUUAAAAAAAGUUCUCAACUACUUAUUACAUGCUUAGGAAAUUUCCAAUAUAAGUUUUUUAUAGGAGAUAAUGAUGGAAAUAUUAACCAGUCCACCUAUCACCUGCACUUUGUGUCAAUUCCAUUCCUUGCCGUUGUCCUCUUACAUUACCCCCAAAAAGUUUGUAUGCACUUCUCUGCCUAAAUGAAUACUCAUUCACCUUUCGUUGUUGACUCAACUACAACGUCAUUGCUAGAAGAGUAGGCAUGCAUGGCUGUCCCUAUCAUAUUAUAACCUCAAGCUUUUCACCGCUCGUUUUUAUUUAUGCUUGGGUCAAUCACAUCAAAACAAUUCUUUGAAAAUAUUAUAAAUUAGAAGCUAAGCUUUCCGAGUAUGUAGUAGUAAAAUCAAGAGUUGAUAAAUUCACUCAUGCCAAGGAGGAUAUUUGUUUUUCCAAUUUCUUAUUUCUAUGAUUAUGAUAGAUUAAGAAAUAGUAGCUAAACUAUAUGAUUCUUGUUUAAGAAUGUUUGUUUUACACUUUGGAGAUGGGGCAACAGAGGAGGGCAGCUGAUAAGUGCAAUGGAGGAAGCUAUGUGGUAAAAAAAAAUGAAAAAAGGUUUUCUUGAUAAAAAAAAUGAAAAGGUUUCAGAGAACACAAAAUUCAAAUCUUUAUAUUAACUGGGAGGGUUAAUAAAUUAUAGAAGAGGCAGCCAAUUCUCCAUGUAUCAGUAUGUAACACUAAACACACACACUCUUUCUCUCUCUAUCCGGGGGCGGAAAAGUAGGGGUGGGCUCUAUGUUUCUCUCUCUUUUACACACCCUACAGAUCUAAACAUUGACUGGUUUUUCUUUU